ACUCUUGGCUGGCGGAGGCGAAGGCUCCAUCCCGAUGCCCAGCUGGCAAGAACAGGACCUGGCCACCUUCCUUGCCAACCUCCUGCUGCCAGCUGCCUGUCUGUAUUCGGCCGCCCGGGCCUUCCAGAUCAACCGGGGAGCUGCAGCCGGGUUUUUCCUCCAGGCCCUUGGGCCCCUCCUGGAAACCGUCCCCAUCGGGCCCCUCCGGCAUGGGGCCCAGCCCCCAGACCACUCCUGGCCCUGCACGGUGGUGGGGCUGCCGCUGCUGGCCUUUGGCUUCCACUGGCUGAAUGGGGACUGCUUCACGGCCAACGUCCUCCUGGGAGGCGCCCUGAUGCUGGCCGGCGGCUGGGGCUACUUCACCGAAGAAGCCAAGGCCAUGGUGGUCCAUUCAGUCAUCUCCGUGGUCACCAUCACCAUCUUCAUUGUCUCCGUCUUCACCGGAAGCUCCUUUGGGGCUGUGGGCAGCCUCCUGAUGGGGGCGGCCGGCCUGUUGCCAGGAACUGGACUGUGGCCCCUGCUGGCCCCGAAGGAGACUGAGGUCCUCCGCUGUCUCAUGGCAGCCGCCAACCUGGCCCUGUGCCAGGCUCUCCGACUGCAGCAUGAAGAACUGGACAACAGCUACAAGGAGUGGCUGCCUGUAGCAGCUUCUUGAUGGGGGUUCUGGGGUCCUGGGGAAGGGACGCCAAUCUAAGAGUCCUGUUGGGUCAAUAGGAAAUGCAGGGCAGAACCCCAAAGACUCCAGGGCCCAUUUCCAGAAUGGCAAGGGAUUAACAGAUUAACAGAGUUUGUAGGUCAUCUAGUCCGAUCCCCCACCCGAACAGGAGACCAGGGGUGUCAAACUCAAGGCUGAAUCCGGCCUGCAGGGCCUUAAAUGUGGCUCGUGGGGCCAGCCUGGAAAUAACAAAUGACUGUGCCACAGGGCCUCUGGCAGCCAAAACGGGGCAUGUUUUGUCCAGCAAAUGCAAGAGGCAUCCAUCCCAUUACCCCACCCCACCCUAUUUCUAUUUAUUAAAUUUAUAGGCCGCCCAAUCCCGAAGGACUCCGGGC